UGAAAUAAUAUUAUAUUGGCUACCUACCUAUAAUUACCCAAACGCGGAACAUGUGGGACGUGCAUUCCUGAAGGAUUUAAAGGGUACCCUUCGCUUCAUACGAAUUUUCGACCCUUUGACCUUUCCCCUUGUAACGUAGGAAAAGACUAUGCCCAUCAUUUCAACUUUACCAAAACUUUGUAGAGUGCCUCACAUUUUUGGAGUGUACCUACCCAUGUGCUUAAGUAAGCAUGCAGCGAUGCCCAGUAUGUUCCUCAUGGUGGCGCCUGCGUCCUGCUAACAACUACCAUAUAUCAACGUGAUACGACAAGCGAAUUAUAAAACUAACGGCGAAAGACAACCGACGACUUUGGCCGAAGUACGGACCCAAAAGUAAGCCAUGGAAAUGGACACUAAGCCACCGUCAGCUUCUGGGGAGGUAGCGCGGCGCUACCAGUCGACAUACAUCGUCGAGCCUACAGGCAAACACUCCCACACCAUCAUUCUACUUCAUGGUCUGAGCUCGAAUGGCCAGAAAUUCGGCCAAGAACUCCUGGAGACAGGAAAAACGUCCGCUGGUGAAACGUUACCUGAAUUGCUACCAGGCGCUCGCUUCAUAUUUCCGACUGCUAAGCUCCGGCGUUCUAGUGCCUUUGGCAGAAGUAAACUUACUCAAUGGUUCGACAUUGCCCGUCUCCCGGAUCCUUCCUACCGCAAGGAAACGCAGCUGCAAGGGUUGGCGGAGUCGGCAGUCGUAAUUCGGGAGCUUCUUCGUCAAGAGAUAGAAGUGGCGGGAGUGCCUCCGACGAACAUCAUUCUCGGCGGACUAAGCCAGGGCUGUGCGAUGUCCCUCUCUGUCCUUCUGACCCUUGAAUACCCACUUGGAGGCUACUUCGGUAUGUGUGGGUAUUUGCCUUUUCAACAAGAUAUUGAAGAUGCAAUCAAUAAGGAACAUGGAUCGGAUGACGGCAUGGAUGACGAUAACCCAUUCGCGACAUCGGACCAAGAUGGCCAGCCCGAAGACCCGGCACUGAGAGCUCUAAACUUUGAAAAAGAUCUUCUCUGUAUUGACACGCCUCGGGACACCACUGUAGAACAGCUACAGACAGCGUCAUCGACCCCAAUUUUCCUCGGCCACGGUGAUGUGGACGAGAAGAAACCAUAUGUACACGGUGAAAACGCCGCCCGUACUAUGCGUGCUGCUGGGUACAACGUUGAUUGGAAGUUAUAUCCUGGGUUGGGUCAUUGGUAUAAAAUUCCUGAUGAGAUUGAUGACAUUGUGCAGUUCAUUCGUAAUCGUGUGGGGUGGGAGAUGGUGAAGCUGUGAUGGGGGCUUUUUUUUUUUUUCGUUCUUUCUUUUCACUUAUUGGAAACGAGAUGGAAUGGAGCCUAGAGCAACUUGCAUGGACACGGCUCAACAGGUAUCCUCUGAGUAUACAUACGUGAGCUACCAAGUGACUUUCAAACCACUCUUUUCUAGACUUCCUGGCGGAAUAUAUUAAUCAACAGUUGCCCAUAGACCCCAUCUUGAGCUGCAACACAUUGCUUUCAAAGGCCAUCCAAACCUCGACAACCUCGAUAACUGUGGUUCUUGGCCCCAUAGAUAAAUCGCCACAAAGUUGAGGGAGGAGACAAGCAGAUAUAUUGUUCUUGCGACGGUGUAGGAUACAAGACAUCCAUCGCGAGAGGUUGCUCCAAUAUCAAGUAUAUAAUAUCUAAG